CGCAAUUCUCUGGCGUUUUUCCUGACCAAACAAUGACAGUUAGAACGAAAACAACCGAUUAUCUCGUGCCAUACACGGGGUACAACUAUUUUUCUUCCCAUUAUUUAACCACAAAAAAAUUCAGACCUAAUCUAGGAUGGCCUAAUUGAGGUAGGUAGUUCAAACUAAACUUAGCCUUGUUGGUUAAAAUUGAUCACUCCUAGACCAUACAUGCCGCAACUUCAUGCAUGGAUAUAAAGAACACGACGAACAAAAUGAGAACUGUCCACAGAUCUGGACGUAUAUAUAACGACCGCUCUUUUUUUAAAUCAUUUCUUAAUGUCUGAGUUUUGCACAUAUACAUUAGCCAUGAAGUCAUCGUUUCCUAUCGAGAGCAAUGGCCAAUGAUGAUAUCAAAUAUCAAGAGGAAUAUAUUUCAAAUGCACGAGGAUUGAACCUCUUUACAUGCCGAUGGAGCCCUUCAAACUACGAUCCAAAAGCUCUCAUCUUCCUAUGUCAUGGAUAUGCCAUGGAAUGCAGCAUUUCAAUGAGAGGCACCGGCACACGGCUGGCAAAGGCUGGAUUUGCGGUGCACGGAGUGGACUAUGAAGGCCAUGGAAAGUCUUCAGGACUUCAAGGCUAUAUUAGCAAUCUAAAUGAUGUCGUGGCUGAUUGCUUUACAUACUUUGCAAGUGUUUGUGAGAAAGAGGAGCACAGGAGAAAACGGAAGUUCUUGCUCGGUGAGUCCAUGGGAGGAGCUAUCGCGUUGAUGCUUCACAGGAAGGAACCUACCUUUUGGGAUGGGGCCAUUUUAGUUGCCCCCAUGUGCAAGAUCGUAGAAGAAAUGAAGCCUAGUCCCAUGGUGAUUACAAUCUUAAGCAAGCUCAGCAAUGUAAUCCCUACAUGGAAGAUUAUUCCUAAUGAAGACAUCAUUGAUAGGGCAAUUAAAAGCCAAGAAUGGCGUGAAGAGGUCAGAAACAAUCCUUAUUGCUAUAAAGGAAGGCCUAGGCUAAAGACUGGUUACGAAAUUUUUAUGGCAAGCUUGGAUAUUGAAAGCAAUCUUGAAAAGGUAACCCUGCCAUUCAUUAUAGUCCAUGGUGGUGCUGAUGCUGUGACUGACCCAGCAGUAAGUGAGGCACUAUAUACAUUAGCUGAGAGUAAAGACAAGACACUGAAGCUCUACCCAGGGAUGUGCCAUGCUUUGACUUCCGGUGAACCAGAGAACAACAUUGACAUUGUGUUUUCGGAUAUCAUUCGGUGGCUUGAUGAGAGGGCAUUGGUUCAAAAUGAAUCAUAGCUAAUAUUACAGAGCCUAAAAUGUUAAUAUACUCCCUGUUGCCAAAGCAGUGAGUAUAAGGCGACCCAGAGUAUAUACAUAUUUACAUUAAAUUGUAAAACCAAUAGCUUAGUGCAAGUUUUUUUACAUGUUAGGGCAGAGCAUGGUAGUUUUUUUUGAAGCAUUGGAUAGCAACCUUCUAGUUUUCUUGUUGUAUCUUUUUGGCAGAUUUCGUGUUUAAAUUCACGUUGUACAUGUAAAUAACAAUUCGUAAAAGUUUACUCAUAUUGGGGGCUUUCUCUUCAACAAAUUGUUCACGGUAUGAGAGUCAUGUGUUUUACUAUGGAGAAAUAUGCAGACAUCAUAAGUUUGUCAUAUGAGACCGCACUAGUAGAAAAACGGGCAUUAAAGGUCCCCCCCCCCCAAGUGGUUGUGAUGCAGAGGAACAAAGUAGUAUGUAAUGCUGAACAAUAGAGGCAGUUCCACAUGAGUACCUAACUACAGUUCAGAAACUAUAUGUAGUACUUAUUUAUUCCAUACGAUUAUGAAACAAAACCACCUAUGAGAAUACAUGGCGGCAGUUGCAAUUUGGAAAUCACUUCCAAUACUUGAUAAUACACGGUGGUUCGCAAUUUGGAAACUGCCUCCAAUACUUUGAUAGCCGACCUCACUGACUAUGAUUUCGCUGGGAAGUUGUCCAUUCACUCGAGUGGGUAGUGUCGUCGCUCUUGACCGUGUUGAGUGGGAUGGCGGCCGUUGCUUGUCAUCGAUCUAAGGUGGAGGGAUGUCGACGAUAACUGUUUUGAGGGGGAGGAUGUUGUUGUCAUCAUCACUGAUUCAGGAUGGAGGGUUGUCGCCGGACACCAUUUUGAGGGGAUGGAUGCCACCGAUCAUUGAUUUGAGGUAGAUGGCUUUUGUUGGGCACCAUUGUGAGGGGGAUGGCUGCCACCGGUCAUCAAUUUGAAGUGGUGUGUUGUCGUCGGGUGCCAUUUUGAGGAGGGGCUUCUGUUAUCAUUCUAUAACUGAAUCGAAGGUAUAUACUCCCUCUGUUUUGAUGUACUUUGCAUGUUACUUAAGUGAAGUCGAUGUUAUCCAUGUGUAGAUGAAUUCAAUGGUAUUGAGAUUUGAUAUUGUAGAUGCUAAUAAAUAUGAAUACAAAGUUAGGCAAAGUUCACAAAGGAUUGUUUUAAGACAAAGUUAAUAUGCAGAGUAAAAAAAAUAUGUGAUAUUGUGUUAAAUAUAAUUAUGAUUCACAUAUAAUUACUUGUAAUAGUAGGUUAUUAAUGUGCUGCUUUUGUUUUGUUGCAGACAUGGAUCGAGCUUGGAUAUACAUCGAGAGCCGUUUGAGCAAUGAGUUCAAGGAUGGGCUGUCAGAUUUUUUGGAAGCAGUCGAUCGAGAUAGGUUGAGAAGGAAGGCAAAUGGAUAUGUUCCCCAUGUUUCCUGUGUAAAAUUUGCAAGAUAUCAAAAGCAUUAUAGGGAUCCGGACACAUUUGAUCUAGAGGGUAUUCAUGUUAGGAUAUGCAUGUUGGAGUAAACAUGGUAAACAUAUAAGUGCAUGUGGUGACGACAAAAGGGAAAAUGUGGUGAAUAUCUGAUAAACCACAAGU